AUGACUCUUGACGUAGAGAACUGUCACUCUAUCGUUCAUUCCAAACAAGCAAACUUGUCUAUGUUGGAAUACUCGAGAUCGUUCGGACGCACAAUGAAAGAGUCAGUAAAGAGAAUAACACAAUGGGCAGCGUAUUACCACACAGGUCGAAAUUCAUGGUACCCAAAACCGGAAGAGUCUACUCCAUUCUCUGAGGUACCCACAAUAAAGCCUUUGCCAGUGGUAUCUAUGGUAAAGGCAGAUUUUGAACUUCUACGUGAUUGGGCUUCAGCCCAUGGUGCUGCUGUACGACAAAGAACAGUGCGUCAAGAGACCACCAUGACGAAACACGGUACAUUACCGGAAUACAUGUACCAGAGGAGUUGUGUCCGUUCAGACCAGCCCAUUGAUAUAGUCUUUGGUGCAGACACGCCCGCAAGAACUGUUGAUGAAGUGGACAUAAGCAAUAAGCUGCUGGAACAAGACACAGACAUAGAAUAACAGAGGUCGAAAUGCCAUCUGCAGCGACCUUUUUAGUUGGUGCCACAUCAAGGUUCGGGAGAGCAGUACGA